GUUGGCAUUGGGUUUCUGGAUGUUAGUUUUGCGGAGGACGGUUAUGGCUACGCAGACCAAAUUCGAGCAGGUUACGAAGCCGCUGGUGAAGAUCACGGAGAUGGACCAUAUCGUGCUGCGCACGCGGGACGUUGAGGAGUCGCUGCGGUUCUACGUCGAGGUGCUGGGGCUGCAGGCGGAGCGGGUGGAGCAGUGGCGCGCGGGCGAGGUUAGGUUUCCGUCGGCGCGGCUGAACGCGGACACGAUCAUCGACUUCUUUGCCUCGGAGAACAUGCCGGAGGACAAGGACGGGCCGCGGAACCAGGACCACUUCUGCAUGGUGAUCGAUUACACGGACAUGGAUGAGCUGAAGGCGAACAUGGAGGCCAUCGGGGUGGAGAUCCAGGUCGGGCCGGGCAAGCGCUGGGGCUCGCACGGCGACGGGAUCUCGCUGUACAUCUAUGAUCCGGACGACAACGUGGUGGAGCUGCGGCACUACUAA